AUGUGGUGCUUGAAUACAAUACUGGACUUCCUCUUCUUCUUAUGGGAUUUGAUCAAUCAAAAACUGUUUGGAAAGUCGAAAAAGGGCAAAAAGAAACAAAGAACAGAGAAAAAGAAGGAAAAGACGUCGGACAAGGAGGAAAAUGUAGUCAAAGUUGAUGAUAAAGCGCCAGAGAAACAACCUGUUAGGGCAAUAUCACCGUAAGUUAAUUUUUUAAAAUUUUAGUUAGAAUUUAAUAUAAAACUAUCAAUUUCAAAAAUUACAAAACUUUAAAAUUUUUUUUAGAAACGCUCCGACCGUCUUCGAGGACAUAAAUGGUGCUGUGAAGCCGGCUCUGUGCAACCUUGGAAAGAAGAGCAAGGACAAAAAGAAGAAAUUGUUGGCCAAAAAGGACAAAACUCAAUGA